CCCAGAGGCAGCUCCUGCCUGGAGAUAGGCAGCAUUUCCAAUGCCUGGAGGUCCCUGGGCUAUGGGAGAGAACUUGUGGGUGGUACUCAGGGUGCCUGUGCUGCUGUGCCACACCUGGGACUGGCCCAGCAGCUUUGGAGUGUGGUGGCCCUGGGUGCUACAGCCUCCUCCCCAGGCAGCUCCACAAUUUUCUGCUUGCUUUCAGGAGGUGAGCGCCAGGCCUGCUGAGCCUCCCAGAGCUGCCAGCCAUGCCCGGGAUCGUGGUGUUCCGGCGGCGCUGGUCUGUAGGCAGUGAUGACCUCGUCCUGCCGGCCAUCUUCCUCUUCCUUCUGCACACCACCUGGUUUGUGAUCCUGUCUGUGGUGCUCUUCGGGCUGGUCUACAACCCACACGAGGCCUGCUCCCUGAACCUGGUGGACCACGGCCGCGGCUACCUGGGCAUCCUGCUAAGCUGCAUGAUCGCCGAGAUGGCCAUCAUCUGGCUGAGUAUGCGUGGGGGCAUCCUCUACACAGAGCCCCGCGACUCCAUGCAGUACGUGCUCUACGUGCGCCUGGCCAUCCUGGUGAUUGAGUUCAUCUAUGCCAUCGUGGGUAUCGUCUGGCUCACACAGUACUACACUUCCUGCAAUGACCUCACUGCCAAGAAUGUCACCCUUGGGAUGGUUGUGUGCAACUGGGUGGUCAUCCUCAGCGUCUGCAUCACCGUCCUCUGUGUCUUCGACCCCACGGGCCGCACCUUUGUCAAGCUGAGAGCCACUAAGAGGAGACAGCGCAACCUGAGGACCUACAACUUGCGGCACCGAUUGGAGGAGGGUCAGGCCACCAGCUGGUCACGCCGACUCAAAGUGUUCCUCUGCUGCACUCGGACCAAGGACUCCCAGUCAGAUGCCUACUCGGAAAUUGCCUACCUCUUUGCUGAAUUUUUCCGGGACCUUGACAUCGUGCCGUCUGACAUCAUUGCUGGCCUGGUGCUGCUCCGGCAGCGGCAGCGAGCCAAGCGCAACGCGGUGCUGGACGAGGCAAACAAUGAUAUCUUGGCCUUCCUGUCUGGGAUGCCAGUUACCAGAAACACCAAGUACCUUGACCUCAAGAACUCGCACGAGAUGCUGCGUUACAAGGAGGUCUGCUACUAUAUGCUCUUCGCCCUGGCUGCUUAUGGCUGGCCCAUGUACCUGAUGCGGAAGCCUGCCUGCGGCCUCUGCCAGCUGGCUCGAUCCUGCUCGUGCUGCCUGUGCCCUGCACGGCCCCGGUUCGCCCCUGGAGUCACCAUCGAGGAGGACAACUGCUGUGGCUGCAAUGCCAUUGCCAUCCGCCGUCACUUCCUGGAUGAGAACAUGACUGCAGUGGACAUCGUCUACACCUCCUGCCAUGAUGCGGUCUACGAAACCCCCUUCUACGUGGCAGUGGACCAUGACAAGAAGAAGGUGGUAAUCAGUAUCCGAGGAACCUUGUCCCCCAAGGACGCCCUGACUGACCUGACAGGUGAUGCUGAGCGCCUUCCCGUGGAGGGGCACCGUGGCACCUGGCUAGGCCACAAGGGCAUGGUGCUGUCAGCCGAGUACAUCAAGAAGAAGCUGGAGCAGGAGAUGGUCCUGUCCCAGGCCUUUGGGCGUGACCUGGGCCGAGGAACCAAGCACUAUGGCCUGAUUGUGGUGGGCCACUCCCUGGGCGCAGGCACGGCCGCCAUUCUCUCCUUCCUCCUGCGCCCACAGUACCCGACCCUCAAGUGCUUCGCCUACUCACCUCCGGGGGGCCUGCUGAGUGAGGACGCUAUGGAGUACUCCAAGGAGUUUGUGACUGCUGUGGUUCUGGGCAAAGACCUCGUCCCCAGGAUUGGCCUCUCCCAGCUGGAAGGUUUCCGCAGACAGCUCCUGGACGUCCUGCAGCGAAGCACCAAGCCCAAAUGGAGGAUCAUCGUGGGGGCCACCAAGUGCAUCCCCAAGUCAGAGCUGCCCGAGGAGGUGGAAGUGACCACCCUAGCCAGCACGCGGCUCUGGACCCACCCCAGUGACCUAACCAUUGCUCUCUCGGCCAGCACUCCACUCUACCCACCUGGCCGUAUCAUCCAUGUGGUUCACAAUCACCCUGCAGAGCAGUGCUGGUGGGUGCUGCCCAGGGCCCCAGGUCUACAGCGGCGGGAACUGUUCUCAGACCCUCAGGAGGAGGAGAGAGGGACUCCCUUGUCCUGUGGGGUGUUUUUUUCUGGGAGGCCUGGGCUUGGAGGCCUGCUCCAGCCCCAAGGCUGGGCUUGCCAUCCCUCCACACCAGCUCCUGCAUCCUGCCUCCAGGUGCUGGAGAACUACAACAAGGGGAAGACUGCCCUGCUUUCUGCUGCAAAGGUCAUGGUGAGUCCCACUGAGGUGGACCUGACUCCCGAGCUCAUCUUCCAGCAGCAGCCGCUGCCCACAGGGCCACCACUGCCCACUGGCCUGGCCCUGGAGCUGCCGGCUCCAGAGCACCGCAAUAGCAGUGUCCGGAGCAAGUCCCAGUCUGAGAUGAGCUUGGAGGGCUUUUCAGAGGGGCGUCUGCUGUCUCCAGUGGCUGCUGCAUCAGCAGCCCGCCAGGACCCCGUGGAGCUGCUGCUGCUAUCCACCCAAGAGCGACUGGCAGCAGAGCUGCAGGCCCGGCGGGCACCACUGGCCACCAUGGAGAGCCUCUCGGACACAGAGUCACUGUAUAGCUUUGACUCACGCCGCUCCUCUGGCUUCCGAAGCAUCCGCGGCUCGCCCAGCCUCCACGCAGUGCUGGAGCGGGAUGAGGGCCACCUCUUCUACAUUGACCCUGCCAUCCCAGAGGAAAACCCAUCCCUGAGCUCCCGCACCGAGCUGCUGGCAGCUGACAGCCUGUCCAAGCACUCACAGGACACGCAGCCACUGGAGGCAGCACUGGGCAGCGGGGGUAUCACUCCUGAGAGGCCCCCAAGUGCAGCCAAUGAGGAGGAGGAAGAGGUGGGUGGAGAGGGUGGUGGGGCGGCCCCCCAUGGAGAACUGGCACUGCACAAUGGUCGCCUGGGGGACUCGCCCAGCCCUCAGGUGCUGGAAUUUGCAGAGUUCAUUGACAGCCUCUUCAACCUGGACAGCAAGAGCAGCUCCUUCCAGGACCUCUACUGCAUGGUGGUACCCGAGAGUCCCACCAGCGACUAUGCCGAGGGCCCCAAGUCUCCCAGCCAGCAAGAGAUACUGCUCCGGGCGCAGUUCGAGCCCAACCUGGUGCCCAAGCCCCCACGGCUCUUUGCCGGCUCUGCUGACCCCUCCUCUGGCAUCUCACUCUCACCCUCCUUCCCGCUGAGCUCCUCCGGGGAGCUUAUGGACCUGACACCCACGGGCCUCAGCAGCCAGGAGUGCCUGGCAUCAGACAAGAUCCGGACUUCUACCGCCACUGGCCAUGGGGCCAGCCCCGCCAAGCAGGAUGACCUAGUCAUCUCAGCACGCUAGUACCACACAGCAGCUGCCAACCAGGCCUCAGCCAGGCCUCGGCCAGAGCAGGGAGCCCCAUGGGCACCUGGUGGCCACCCCAGGGCCAGGUAGCUUUGAGGAGAGGCCCACAGGGGCCAGCUAGCCUCAGGCCUGGAGCAUUGCUGCUGGGCUGGGGGUCUGCAUCCCUACCUCAGCUUAGGACACCCAGAAUCAAGGUGGCUGGGAAAAGGUGGGGAAGACAUGGAGCAAGGAGGGACCAGGGCAGCCUGCCGGGCAGGCAGGCCACACUCAGCCCUCAGCCUGACUCCUCCACAGGGCAUCUGGGCACCCUGUUCUGGGAUAGGCACUGGGCAAGCUUGUUCCCCAUCACUGCCCUCUGACCACUCCUCCAGCGCCGAGCCCUCUCCCUACAUAUUCUUACCUGUGGUCCAGGUUGGCAUCUGUCCUGGCCACCCCCCAGAUCUGGUGCCUGCUGGCCAGCUCCCUGGGGUGACCCCCACUAAGGUGGCCUGCAGUGCUGUAUAUGUUUACCGAAGCUGCUGGGCUUGCCUCAGGAUGUGUUCUGGGCAGCUGAGGGCCCAGAGGGGCCUAGAGGAGGGUGAGGUCAGGACUGCUCCUUCUCUGCCUGGUGCCCCUCCUGCUGGCCCCUCUUUGUGUGGGUCCUGGGCACCAUAGCCUGCUCUUCCUACCUGCCUCUGUCUGGCUUACCUUCUACUCCAGGGAUCCUGGCCACUCAAAGGGUGGUGGGCACUGCUGUGCCCACCCCUGGCUGCAGAGUCAGGGUCCAGGGGAAAGAAGGCAGUCAAAGCCCCUGUCCUCUGAGCGCCCCACCCAACCCCUUUAUGUGAUCCCACCAUGCCUAGGCAGUUCUGGGCCCUGGGGUCUGAAACCAAACACACCUCUGUUCCCUAACCCCUUCUUGCUGGCCUGGAUCCUUCCUGGGAUCUGGGCUUUCUCCCCGUCCCUAUGUCCUGUUGGUAGGAAGUGGGGCCAACAGCAGGGCAUUGUUGGA